AUGGACUCGGACUCCUGCGCUUCCCCGCCGCCCCCCGAAGAUUUCCCCCCGGGCUCCAAGCGCUGCCGGACGGUGGAGGAUUUCAACAACUUUUGCACCUUCGUCCUGGCCUACGCGGGGUACAUCCCGUACCCGCACGAGGACAUGUCCGGCUGGAGCAGCGCCAGCUCCCCCAACAGUACCCGGGGGGCCAUUGACAGCGAUGGAGGGGAGACUCCUUUGGGACCCCUCUCCCUGCCAGGAAAAUCCCGGAAGAGCUUCAGUCAACUCAAGCAUGGCAAGGCCUAUUCCUCGCUCUACCAGUGGACAAAGCCCAACGGAUUUUUGGUGGACCGGAAAAAAAUGGAGAAGUUCCGGAAGAAACGGCGGCUGGUGAGGAAGGACACAGCGCUGCCAGACGUCAAGUACCCGGAAGAAAACGAAGAAGAGGAAAGGCUGCGGGAGAGAGAAGGAGAAGAGCCGUACGCCGAGACCCCGCUCAGCCCGUCCUCCGAAGGGGACGCUCAGUCCUCCACAGGCCGCUGCUCCGCCUGGGAUUCGGACACCCCGUCGAAUCCCCCCUACGCAGCCGCUGCGCCGGAGGAGCAGGGCCUUGUCCAAACGGUGGGCAAGAGGACCAUCAUACGACAAGGGAAGCAGGUGGUCUUCCGAGACGAGGACGGCAGCGGAGACGAUGAGGACAUCAUGGUGGAUUCAGAUGACGACUCCUGGGACCUGGUCACCUGCUUCUGCAUGAAGCCCUUCGCCGGGCGCCCCAUGAUCGAGUGCAAGGAAUGCCACACCUGGAUCCACCUCUCCUGUGCCAAAAUCCGCAAAUCCAACGUUCCCGAGGUUUACGUCUGCCAGAAAUGCCGAGAUUCCAAAUUCGACAUCCGACGGUCCAGCCGUUCCCGGACGGGCUCCCGCCGGCACUUCCUGGACUAA